UUCACACUGCUUAAUAUACCUUAUAUUCAUGUGAUGUCAUCCUACAUAGUUCAUUCAGCAUUUGCAUAUGGUAGAUUAGAGGUGUCACAUCGUAGAUAACAAAAGUAGUGUUUAUUUAAUACUCAAACACAUCAGCUCUCAACACGCUGGAGGGUUAGGUGAGUUUGUAGGCUAUAUUACAUUUUACUGAACUUCUUUUGAUACAGAUGAAAUAGCACUUUUUCAUUGGACCAGGCUUUUAUUGUUUAAUUAUUACUUUGUGUUCUACAUAUUUAUGAAUGAUAAUGGAUAUAUUUACUAUUUAUUUUCUCCUCAUUUGCAAAGCUUAAUAAAGGCAACUACAACUGUCUUCACAACAAUGGGAUACCUCAAAUAUCUGAUGCUGAUAUUUCUUAUCAAAUGCUGUGAAGUGGCCCCGUUGAACACUUGUAUUGUGGGGGGUGAGAAUGCAUCUGUAGGUAACUGGCCUUGGCUGGUCAGUCUACAUUACUUUGAUUAUCACAUCUGCAGGGGAUCCCUCAUCAGCAGUGAAUGGGUGCUCACUGCAGCUCAAUGUGUUUACCUCUUACCCUUAUCCAGUUCAUUGACUGUUCAUCUGGGCCAACAGAACCAGAACAUUUCCAUCAUCUCCAAUCCAAACAUGGUGAACCGGAGCAUCCAAUCCAUCAUUCCCCAUCCAGACUAUGACCCCUUACAGCACACCAAUGAUGUUGCAUUGCUGAGACUGAGUAAACCAGUUACUUUUACCAACUACAUCAGCCCAAUCUGCCUAGCUGCUAAUGGCAGUGUCUUUCACAAUGGCAUCACCUGCUGGUCAACUGGAUGGGAAUACAGUGGCCUUGGAGAUUUUCUGCCCAGUCAAACUCUGCAGGAAGUAGAGGUAACAGUGGUGGGGAACAAGGAGUGUGAUUGCAUGUUUCAGUUUCAAGACUUUCAAAACCCAUUUUGGUACAUGCCAAGAAUCACUCCUGCAAUGAUCUGUGCUGGAAGAAAGACAUGCAAAGGGGUUUAUUACGGAGAUUUUGGUGGCCCAUUACAAUGUAAGCAGGGCUCUGUAUGGAUCUUGGCUGGUGUCACUAAUUUUGGGAUUCCUUGUGGUACUGAAAUUGCACCUAAUACCUAUGCUAGAGUUUCUAAGUUCCAAAACUGGAUCUUGGAGAAUGUUAACGGAACAGACAUUGGAUUUGUGAAAUUUACAUCUGAUGGUGAAGAUAAGGACAGCAGCUUUCUAUGUGAUGGUGAAGAUAUAUUAGUUCCAGACAUUUUCUACCCAUUUGGAAAUGGAGACACAGUGAACCCCUCUCAAGAUGAUGGAAGCUCUCCACUAGUAUUAUUGAAAAAUCCCUUUGUAUAUUUUGGGCGUGUUUAUCAACAGAUUUAUGUAAAUAACAACGGACACUUGACAUUUGAUGGGCCUCUUUCGCAGCCAAUACCGAAUUCUUCAGUAUCACAACUGAAAAUAGACAUCGUUGCUCCACUUUGGACAAACAUGGACAACCAUGUCAAUGGGACCAUCUCUUUUCACCAGGUCACCCGUGGUGGACUCUUAAUAGGAGCCUCAAGCCACAUAAACCAAUAUUUCCCCAAUUUGAACUUCACUGCCUCAUUUCUCCUCAUUGCCACUUGGGAUAAAGUCCCAUACUUCAACAACUCAUGGUCGAGUUCAUCAUUUCAAGUUGUUUUGGUGUCUGGUGGUUCUUUGUCUUUUCUCUUGAUGAACUAUGGAAAUAUCUCAUCAACAGAUCAACAUUUUCAGGCUGGCUAUGACACAAGAAACUCAACACAUCAUUUUUUAAUUCCUGUGCUUGAUGAAAAUAUGCUCUCCAACUCCAGCAAUGUCAAUGUGCCUGGACGUUGGGCAUUCCGUGUUGAUUGUGGACCUGAGGAGGGUUUAUUCUACCCAUAUGGAGAUGAGGAUACAAAGAACCCUCAGGAAGAUUUGGGAAGUUCUCUUCGGAUCCCCCUACUGGAGCCAUUUGUCUACUUUGGGCUUAUUUAUAAUCAAAUUCAUGUGAAUAAUAAGGGCUACUUGACAUUUGAUGAGCCGUUUUACCAGUGGAAUCCUGAUUAUUUUCCUGCAUCAAUCAGAGACAUCAUCGCUCCACUGUGGACAGACAUUGAUAUUACACGCUAUGGUACCAUAUCUUACCGACAAGUAACAGAUAGUCGUCUCUUGGAGCGGGCCACAAGAGACAUAAACCAAUAUUUCCCCAACUUGAACUUUUCUGCCUCAUGGGUUUUCAUUGCUACAUGGGAUAAAGUACCAUACUAUGGAUACAGACAUGCAGUGUCAACCUUCCAAGUGGUUUUGGUGUCUGGCAAAAACCUAUCAUUUACACUUAUGCAUUAUGGUCACAUAAACCCUGUCAGAUACCCUAUGACGUCUGGCUAUGACACAAGUGAUUCUACUGAUUUCUUUUCAAUUCCUGUUGACAUCACAAACCUAUCAUACACAAGCAAUGUCAAUGUCAUGGGUAGAUGGGUAUUUCGCACUGACAGUGCAUUGAAAAACAAUGGACUGUUCUACCCAUUUAGUGUGCGGGACACUGUUUAUGGAUUUAAUCCUACCUACUUGCAGAAGCCAUUUCCUUACUUUGGGCGCACAUACAGCAAUGUUUAUGUUUACAACAAAGGAUUUCUUACUUUUAGGUGGCAAUUGUUUCAGUCAAAUCCUCAGUCUUUUCCUGCUUACACAGAUACAGAUAUUGUUGCUCCACUAUGGACAGAUAUUGUCAGCAGUGACUUUUACUUCCAACAAUACAAUAGUUUGCGAAUACUACAGCGAGCUACAAAAGAUAUACGGCAGUAUUUUCCUAAUGUACAUUUUACUGCAGACUCAGUUUGUGUUGCUACUUGGGAUAAAGUGGCAUAUUCCUACUCUUCAGGGCAGAAUUCCUCUUUUCAAGCAGUGCUGGUCUCAGGUUCUGGUUUGUCAUUUAUUUUAUUUAACUAUGGCAGCAUUGCACCAACUAAACAUGCUGCAGUGGUGAGAGAACUUUUAAAAGGCCCAUUUUUCAUUCUAAAAUUAUUAUACUGUUUUGCUGGAUAUGACACUAUUGAUUCAACCAUUUAUUUUGCAAUUCCUCUAUCUAACAUCACUGACCUGAGCCACUCCUCAAAUGUCAAUGUUACGGGACGUUGGGUUUUUCGUGUUGACACUUUGCCAAAUGAACAUGGUUUAUUCUACCCAACUGGAAAUCAGGACACUGAGAAUCCCCAUCAAAGGAAUGGAAGCUCUCCAGCUCUACACUUACAGUAUCCAUUCAUAUACUUUGGGCGCAAAUACCACAACAUAUAUGCCAACAAUAAUGGACAUUUGACUUUUGAUGAACCAUUUUAUGAAAGGGUCCCCAGGGCUUUCCCUUCCAACUCUUCCAGAGACAUAAUAGCUCCACUUUGGACAAAUUUUGACAAUAGUGUCAAUGGAACCAUCUCUCACUGCUUGGUUACUCAAAGCCGUACUCUGGACAGAGUGAGAGAUGAUAUCAGACAGUAUUUCCCUCAGUUUCAUUUCACUGUGUCUUCUGUCUUCAUUGCUACUUGGAAUAAGGUGCCAUACUUUAACAACUCCAGGGCAGAAUCCUCUGUCCAGGUGGUUCUAGUCAUUGGCAGAACUCUCUCCUUUGUCAUUAUGAACUAUGGAAAUGUCUCCUCUACAGAUAAAAGUUUUCAGGCUGGCUAUGACACAAUAAACUCAACAAAUUAUUUUUCAAUUCCUGUGCGUAAUGAGAAUAUGCUCUCCAACUCCAGCAAUGUAAAUGUACUGGGACGCUGGGUAUUCCGUGUUGAUGGCGGACCCAUGGAGGGAAUAUUGUACCCAUUUGGAGAUGAAGAUGCAAAGAUCCCUACAUCAGAUGAUGGAAGUUCUCCACCGAUACCCCUGCUGGAGCCAUUUGUCUACUUUGGCCGUAUUUAUAACACAAUAUAUGUGAAUAAUAAUGGAGACCUGACAUUUGAUAAGCCACUUUAUCAGUGGUAUCCUGAUAAUAUUCCUGCAUUCUUGCUCAGAGAUAUCAUUGCUCCACUGUGGACAGACAUUGAUAUUACACACUAUGGGACCAUCUCUUACCGACAAGUAACAGAUAGUCAUCUCUUAGAGCGGGCCUCAAAAGACGUAAACCAAUAUUUUCCCAACUUGAACUUCUCUGCUUCAUGGGUUUUCAUUGCAACAUGGGAUAAAGUACCAUACUAUGGACAAAUAUGGACAGAGUCAACCUUCCAAGUGGUUUUGGUGUCAGGCAAAAACCUAUCAUUUACACUUAUGCAUUAUGAUUAUAUUGCCUCCACCUUUUAUUCAGAGUCUGGCUUUGACACAAUUGAUUCUACUGAUUUCUUUUCAAUUCCUGUAUCUGAUGCCACAAACAUUUCAUACACGAGCAAUGUCAAUGUCAUGGGCAGAUGGGUAUUUCGUAUUGACAAUGCAACAGAAAACAAUGGAGACUGUGGUGCAAAUGAAACACAAGGAAACGUUUCCAGUGCCGUAGUGUGUGGUAGAAGUACAAUUGCCACCAGUAGCAGGAUAGUAGGAGGUCAGAAUGCACCAGCUGGACAUUGGCCAUGGCAGGCUAGUCUUCGUUGGAAUGACAGACAUUUCUGUGGAGCUUCUCUUAUCAACAAAGAGUGGGUGCUGUGUGCUGCCAACUGUGUUUAUGGUGUAAACCCUUUUUAUUUGAGCGUGCAUUUUGGGCAACAGACCCAGGAAAGAAUCAACACCAGUGAGGUGUCCAGAAGUGUGCAGUUGAUCAUCAAACAUCCCAAUUACAAUCAUAGUACAAAUGACAAUGAUAUUGCUCUGCUCAAACUGAACUCUUCUGUCAUCUUCACUGACUACAUCAGACCUGUGUGUCUGGCAGCUGAUAACAGUGUGUUCCACAGUGGCACAGAGAGCUGGAUCACUGGAUGGGGAGACAAUGGUAAAGGAGUAUCCCUCCCAUCCCCCAAGAUUCUUCAGGAAGUGGAGGUUUUAGUAAUUGGUAACCGAGAGUGUAACUGUCUCUAUGGAGUUGGAACAAUCACAGACAACAUGAUCUGUGCUGGUCAGCUAGACGGAGGCAAGGACUCAUGUCAGGGAGAUUCAGGAGGGCCAAUGGUGAACAGACAGAACUCUGUAUGGGUCCAGUCAGGUAUUGUUAGCUUUGGGGAAGGCUGUGCACGACCUAAUCUCCCUGGAGUCUACACCAGAGUACCGCGCUAUCAGGAAUGGAUCUCCUCUCAUGUAUGCAGUGAUCCUCCAGGUUUUGUCCAGUUUACCUCCAAUGGAGCUGAUUCUGACAACAGUUACUCCUGCCCUGGUCUACCUCCUCUCACCACAUCUACUGCAUCCACAUCAAGAAUAACCGUUGCAAGAUCUGCUUCACAAAAGUUUUUGUUCCCACAUGUUUUAUUUAAAGCAAUGCUGUUCUCAAUUUAUAUGUUAACAUACUUACAAAUGUAGCCAACAAAGACAUUCUAACAUAAUUAAUCAUAACUAUGGGCUCUCUCUACAGCUAUGAUCCUGCAAAAUUUAGUUGUAUUCCUGAUCAUUCUUAUACAAUUUUCAUGUCUCUCAAGAACUCUGAAAUAGUUUUAUAUUAAAGUCCUUUCUUCCAUGAAGUACAUGUGGGUAGGGACGUGCACAGACAUUUUGGGGGGCAGGGGAUCAAGUGGAAAAAAAGGGCUACAAAAUAAUCAGUUCAUACAGAGACCAUGGUCUUCUUUAGUAUUCACUAGAUUUAUCACAAGAGCAGGCAACUGCAAAGAAAACUAUGCCACAAUGUGCAAGUUUCAAAUAUAUAUUUAGAAUAAAUGACUGCACUAAGGAGAGGACAUAGUUUCACAAAUAAUUUGUUUAUUUUGCACAAGGCAAUAAACCAUUUUAAUUCUUUUGGUGUUAUUGGAAUACAUAACACUUCAAAAUCAGCAAAAAUCUUCACACUAAACUGAAAAAGGCUGUUGCUGCUAUUUCAGUGUUUAUAUGGAGACCAACUGGUCCUCAGUAUCCUCUGUGGACGUAACUUGGGAGGCACUUAAGGCGGUUCUUAGGGGUCGGUUCAUACAGUAUGCCUCAUUCAUCAAAAAAUCCAAAGCACGAGAACUCGUGGAGUUGGAAGGAAAUAUUAAAAGUGCAGAGGCAGAGCUGAAGCGCCGUAUGUCAUCUGAUGGCCUCAGAGAAUUGACCCGAUUUAAAUAUAGAUAUAAUACUAUUUUGUCGCAGAAAGUAGAGUUUUGGUUAUUCAGGGCAAGACAGUCAUACUUUGAGUCAGGGGACAAAGCAGGGAAGCUUUUGGCUAGAUAUAUAAAGCAGAGAGAGUCUCGUUCUAUCAUUUCCUCAGUGAAAUGGCUUCCGUCCAUUUGGAGAAGUGGUCCACAAUGACUAAUAAUAGUUUAUUGUUUUGACACGGCGGCAUGUGUAUAAAAUAAAUUUGCAGAUGUUGGAAUAGUAGUUCCGGAUGCGGUAACGAGUCGUGUUUUAUAGGCUUAUGUCUGUUAUUCUGUGCGCAUGUUAAACAUGAAUCAAGGAUU